CCACUGAGCCCCGGUUUCCACGAGACUCUCUGUCCAAUGAGCGCGUGAGUGACGGUAAGACCGGACAGCACGAGACCGUUUCAGUACCUGCUGAUGUGCUCACGCAUAGAAUAGAAUAGAAUAGAAUAGAAUAGAAUAGAGAAUGAGCGGUCUGCGAAUAUCGUGGAACUCGUGCUCCUGAACAAAAGGUGCGGCCUGCACGGGUCAGAUGUCCCGGAUCUCCGUCUGGAUCUGAGCUCGGUGACCGGAGCGAUGAAGGAGAAGUCUAAGACGGCGGCGAGGACGCGGCGCGAGAAGGAGAACAGCGAGUUUUACGCGCUCGCCAGAAUGUUGCCGUUACCGUCGGCCAUCACGUCUCAGCUGGACAAAGCGUCCAUCAUCCGACUGACCAGCAGCUACCUGAAGAUGCGACUGGUGCUCCCUCCAGGUUUGGGGGAGGUUUGGGGUCGAAGCAGAUCUUUAGAAAACACAAACAUUGAGCUCGGAUCUCAUUUACUGCAGGUAAUAAUCAGCAAGAUGCUCCAGACGUUAGACGGCUUUAUAUUCGUGGUGGCUUGCGAUGGGAAGAUCAUGUACAUCUCAGAGACGGCGUCGGUUCACCUGGGUCUUUCACAGGUAGAGCUGACCGGGAACAGUAUUUAUGAGUACGUCCAUCCGGCGGAUCACGACGAGAUGAGCGCGGUCCUGACGCCGCAGCCCUCGCUCCACACACAGCUCAUCCACGAGCAUGAAGCAGAGCGCUCGUUCUUCUUGAGAAUGAAGUGUGUUUUGGCCAAACGUAACGCCGGGCUGACGAGCGGAGGAUAUAAGGUCAUCCACUGCAGUGGCUAUCUGAAGACGUCUGCGCUGGACUGCUAUCAGAACGUGGGUCUGGUGGCGGUGGGACACACUUUACCUCCCAGCGCCGUCACCGAGAUCAAGCUUCACAGCAACAUGUUCAUGUUCAGAGCCAGCCUAGACAUGAAGCUCAUCUUCCUCGACUCCAGGGUUUCAGAGCUGACAGGAUAUGAGCCACAGGACCUGAUUGAGAAGACCCUGUAUCAUCACGUGCACAGCUGUGACAGCUUUCACCUGCGCUGCUCUCAUCACCUCUUGCUGGUCAAAGGUCAGGUGACCACUAAAUAUUACCGCUUCCUGUCCAAACACGGCGGCUGGGUUUGGGUGCAGAGUUACGCCACCAUCGUUCACAAUAUUCGCUCGUCUCGUCCACACUGCAUCGUCAGCGUCAACUACGUCCUCACGGACACGGAGUACAGAGGCCUGGCGCUGUCUCUGGAGCAGCUCAAGCCCAGCAAACCUGCGUUCCCUUACCCUAACCAGACCCCAGCCAAGAGCCGCGCUUCUCCGUACUCUCAGCAGUUUCCGUUCUUCCAGCCCGAGCGCUCAGAUUCCGAUCGCGACAGCCAAUGGGACGGCAGCCCUCUGACAGACUCCGCCUCUCCGCAGCGACUGGACACGUGUGCUCAAACACACACACACACACACGCCUCACACACACAGAGAGAGGGAUGGUGGGACGCCACUAAAGGAACUCCACACGUCCAUCAAACUCACGCUCACUGGGACGAUGAGCGCGUGGCCGGAUCUCCAGGCUCCUCGGGCGAUUCGAGAGACAGUUCAGGGAUUUCCCAGAGCCGGAUGGGUGCCAGACCGGAGCCGAUUAAAGUGGAGGACGUCUGCAUGAGUGACGUCUUCUCGUCCGUCUGCAGAGGACCGCCCCGUCUCGUCCUGCACCGAGACGACAGAGACAAGAGUCCAGCCUCGCUGUCCGCUCUGAGCAGUCCCGGCUCCGACAGACUGUCCCAUUACGACGUGAACACACACAUGCACUUUCAGACCAGCACCACACACAACGGCACAUCGGUCAUCAUCACCAACGGCAGCUGACCGCAAAACACCUGCUGUUUACCAGCCUGCAGCACUAAACCAGUCAGAAGAGAAGCUGAAUAAAUCAGCUCUACAUUCAUGUAUGGUUUGGACGAUAUCUGUCUGAGAUGCAACUGUUUGAAAAUCUGGAAUCUGAGGGAGAAAAAAAAUCUAAAUAUUGAGGAAAUCAUCUUUAAAGUUGUUCAGAUGAAGCUCUUAGCAAUGCAUAUUACUGAUCAAACAUUAAGUUCUGAUAUAUUUACGGUUGGACAUUUAUUAAAUAUCUUCAUGGAACAUGAUCUGUACUUAAUAUAAUGUUUAAGAACGAUUGAUAAUUUUGACCCAAACAAUAUUCCUGUCUAUUGCUCCAAAUACCUGUCUGCUUCUGUGCUGCAGGGACACAUGUGAUAGUGUUCAUGUGUUGCUAUUUACAAGCACUAGUAUCAAAAACACAUGUAGGUCAGAAUACAACCUUAAAAAGGAAGAAAUUAUAGUUUGCAUGAUGAAAAUACAUUUGUUUUUGCACUGUGGCAUUAUUUAAGAACCUUUACUUUAAUGCAAUGUUUUUCAGUUUGUACAGGAAUGGCUGUACUGCUUUUAAUCAGUUGGUUUUACAGUAGAAGACUGUUUUGCACUGUGGCAUUAUUAUCAUAUGAAUUACCCGCUAUCAUUAUUCCUAACCCUAUUUACAGAUUCACAGAAUGUAUUGCUUUUAAUUUGUUAACUAAAAUAAAAUCCAUAGUUUUUAAUGGAUUAAGAAUGAACAAAGAAAAUAAGGUUUAUUGUUUGCUCCGUGGCAAUAUUUGCAUGAGCUGAAAAAAAUUUGUUUUGCGUUUCCCCUGAGUCAGUAUUUUCAUGUCGAACAUUUUCACCUUAAAUGUCUUUUUUUAAAUGCAAAAUCAAUUAGAUUUUGCAGUAUUUACAGAUUACAGUCUCAUUGUUGUGCUGACUUUAAUUUGUUGAUUUUAAUUUUAAAUAUAUAUAUAUGAUUUAUAGUAAUCUAAAUAAAAUAAUACAAGCUAAAUGCAAGAAGAAAAUCAUGUUUGCAUUAGUGCACCGCAAUAUUUUCAUGUAAAUUCAACCCAAUUCUCAUUGUUUUGAUCCAAAAUUAAAUAUAUCUUGUAUUAUUUGCAUUUCAUAGUUGCAUUGGUUUUAUAUAUAAAUCUAUUAUUUACAGUAAUAUAAAACAAAUGAUAACUGAAAAAAAUAUGAAUGCAGAAUGCAUGAAGAAAACUAAUUUUUUAUUCAAUUCACCCCAAAUCUCAUUAUUCUGAUGCAAAAUCAAUUAUACUUUGGCAUAAUGGUAUAAUAACAAGGUGCAUCACAUUAAAUUUGAUUGUUACAAAAUAAGCAGCUACAUUUUC